AUGUCUAAUAUUAUUGAACAACUUACUUUAACGUCUCAUUUUCUUAAUAUUGUUGUUGGUUUACUUCUGUUUAUAUUUGGUGUUACUGGUAAUUUUUUAACAAUAUAUAUAUUUACUCGAGCUACAUUUCGUAAUGCUCCUUCUGUUCGUUAUUUAUUAGCUGGUUCUGUAGCUAGUUUAAUUCAACUUUUUCAAACACUUUUACCACGAAUUCUCGGUGAUGGUUUUGGAAUUCCAAUUAUUAACUCGAGUACUCUUCAAUGUCAAAUUCGUAUUACAAUAGCAUCUGUUGCAACAUUAUGUUCUAUAUCCUUUCCAUGUUGGGCAUCAUUUGAUCAUUUUAUUAGUACAUCUAGCAAUGCUGCAAUACGACACUAUUGGACAUCAAAAAAAUUAAUUUAUCGUGCAAUCUUGAUUACAGUUAUAUUUUGGUUGAUUGUUUUUCUUCCAGUAAAUAUGGUCAGUCGAGCUGUUGGUGAAUCUUGUAUUGGCAAUAACAUUAUUUUAAGUUCUGUUUAUUCAUAUGGUAUUAUUCCAUUAACCUAUAGUAUACUACCUAUUAUAGCGAUUAUUUAUUUUAAUCGAGGCAUUGUACGUCAUUUAAAACAAUCGAGAAUUGUUGGUUAUAAUCAAACAAGAAAUCGUUUAGUAAAACAAGUUCGACGUAUGUUAAUACCACAAUUAAUGAUCAUUAUUAUAUCAGGAAUACCGUUUAGUAUUAAUACAAUUUAUAGUAUAUCAACAAGUUCAAUACAUAAAGAUCCUCUUCGUUUGGCAAUAGAAAGUCUUAUUCUUCAACUUGUUCGGCUUUUAUUUUAUUUAAAUUAUGUCUGUUCAUUUUAUAUUUAUAUUCUAAUGUCAAGUGAAAUUCGACAAGAAUUUAAAAAAAUCUUUUGCAAACAAAAUUUAAUAUUACCACAAAAUUCAACAGUUAAUGCUUCGAGAAUUAUACCCAUUAAAACUUAA